CUGUACGUCACAUUCUAUCGGCCACCACUGGCGUUGUGAGGGAAUAAUAUUUUCUGCAGGCAGGGCCCUUUUCUUCGGCGCACAUUGCGCACUGGUUUAUUGGACCCUAAACACAUUACUAACCGGUGGUUUCUGUGGGCCACAGCGUGUACCGUACCAUGUUUCCAGUUCAGACAUUCUUUCUGUUGCCGAAUACCAGAAAAAUCCAGGCAAUAUUAGAGAGUCGCUGAGUCGCGCUGGCCCGCGGCAUGUCUCGGGCCAGCAGAUUACCGUUACGUUGCUGCAACUAUGGACACAGCAGCACUGUUUGUUAACAUUUUACUUAUAAAAGGACAUUGUCCUUGAUUUAUCGCAAAAGGUUUAUUACAUAUAGUUCCAUAUGUAUAAAUCCCAGAAAUGGCAGCGAGUGGCUACACUGACCUGAGAGAAAAGCUUAAGUCGAUGUUGCCAUACAGAGAAAAUUAUAAAAACAGAUUUUUAGACUAUAGUAGCGACAAAAAACGGAGGUACUACGAAUCCGACGAGGAUUUUACGGAUGACGACGAUCUCCAGAAAGAAGAAGAAACGCAAAAAAUUAAAAGUAGCAUUCGGCAAGUGAGGCUAUUUAGUGAUGAGGAAUGUACCUUGAUAGAGUCCAAGAUUGAUGAGGUUGUUUCCAGGGCGGAGAGUGGGCAGUACCGCGAACACACAGUGGAUAGAGCACCUUUGAGAAAUAAAUAUUUUUUUGGAGAAGGAUACACUUACGGAGCCCAGUUACCUAAACGCGGGCCUGGACAAGAGCGUCUGUAUCCUAAAGGAGAAGUAGAUGAAAUCCCAGACUGGGUUCAGGAGUUGGUUAUUAAGAAGCUGGUCGAUCAGCGAGUUCUCCCAGAGGGAUUUGUAAAUAGUGCUGCUAUUAAUGACUAUCAGCCUGGGGGCUGCAUUGUUUCCCACGUUGAUCCAAUACACAUUUUUGAGAGACCUAUAGUGUCUGUCUCUUUCUUUAGCGACUCAGCACUUUGCUUUGGUUGCAAAUUCCAGUUCAAACCUAUCAGGGUGUCCGAACCGGUGUUUUUCUUGCCAGUUAAAAGAGGUAGUGUCACUGUACUCAGGUAA